AUGGCUCUGGUUGACAAACAUAAAGUAAAACGUCAGCGGUUGGACAAAAUCUGUGAGGGUAUCCGGCCACAGAUUAUGAAUGGGCCUAUGCACCCGCGCCCCCUGGUGGCGCUGCUGGACGGGCGCGACUGCACUGUGGAAAUGCCCAUUCUCAAAGAUCUGGCCACUGUGGCGUUCUGUGACGCCCAGUCCACGCAGGAGAUUCAUGAAAAGGUGCUGAAUGAGGCUGUAGGAGCCAUGAUGUACCACACCAUCACCCUGACCAGAGAAGACCUGGAGAAGUUCAAGGCGCUGCGCAUCAUCAUUCGCAUCGGCAGCGGCUACGACAACAUUGACAUCAAGGCGGCCGGGGAGCUCGGUAUCGCAGUGUGUAAUAUUCCCUCAGCGGCUGUAGAAGAAACUGCCGACUCAACACUUUGUCACAUCCUCAACCUGUAUCGACGAAACACCUGGCUGUACCAGGCUCUCCGGGAGGGCACCAGGGUCCAGAGCGUGGAGCAGAUCCGCGAGGUGGCGUCAGGGGCGGCGAGGAUCCGAGGAGAGACGCUCGGCCUGAUAGGCUUCGGUCGCUCGGGCCAGGCAGUAGCGAUACGGGCCAAGGCGUUUGGCUUCAACGUGAUCUUCUACGACCCCUACCUCCAGGACGGCUUGGAGCGCUCGCUGGGCGUUCAGCGCGUCUACACACUCCAGGACCUGCUCUACCAGAGCGACUGUGUCUCCCUGCACUGCAGUCUGAACGAACACAACCACCACCUCAUCAACGACUUCACCAUCAAACAGAUGCGUCAGGGAGCUUUCCUGGUCAACGUGUCCAGGGGCGGGCUGGUGGACGAAAAGGCUUUGACUCAGGCCCUGAAGGAGGGCAGGAUACGUGGAGCCGCGCUGGACGUCCACGAGUCGGAGCCGUUCAGUUUUACCCAAGGUCCCCUAAAAGACGCCCCCAACCUGAUCUGCACACCUCACACCGCCUGGUACAGUGAGCAGGCGUCGUUAGAGAUGAGGGAGGCCGCCGCCACAGAAAUUCGCAGAGCCAUCACUGGCCGUAUCCCUGACAGCCUCCGAAACUGUGUCAACAAAGAGUUCUUUGUCACGUCAGCGCCCUGGGGAGUGAUUGAGCAGCAGCAUACUCAAGUUCACCCUGAGAUGAAUGGCGCCGCCUACAGAUUCCCCCCCGGUGUGGUAGGUGUCGCCCCCAGUGGAAUUCCCGGACCUAUUGAGGGGCUGGUGCCGGGUGGCGUUCCCAUCACCCACACCCUGCCCCCUGGCACCCACCCGUCACAGGCCACAUCACCCAAUCAACCCUCCAAACACGGCGACCACACCAGAGAGCACAUGACGGAGCCGUAGGACCGCCACCCGCCCCGACCCCCCACCCCCCAGCAGGAGUUGACCGUCUGCCAGGCGACAACCCAGAAACCAACCAACCACUACAGCCAAGUUCAGAGGACAGCGGUGGUCCACACAGAGCAGGGACGGAGCGUCUCACUCUCCUCCCCCCUUUGUGUCCACUACUCCAUUACCAACAUACAGUUACUUUUCUAUAUACUCUGUUUACUGGAGUAUGAUCCGGAGAGAUUCAUCCUGACGUGGGAACACAGUCACAUGACAAUGUUCAGGAUGACAAUUCAAAUUCUCCCUCCCUGGUAGAAAGAGCUUCAAAGGACCGACAGACUCUUUUUGUCCUCCGUCCUCCACAGUCUUGUCCCAUGUUUUACACCUUUUUUGUUCUUUUUUUUUUUUUACUCAUGUCUGUUUAUCUUAUUAUUGUGUUUCUGUUCAUCCGUGUGUGAAAAUGAUUGGAUUUUCAGUAAGAUCAAGGUCUCAGUCUCUGAGGACCAACAGUCCUGGCCCCUGAAUGUAGAGACAUCAUUUUUGGGGCCAUAAGAUGUGGUCUGUGGUCACUUCCAGGACAAGUCUUUCAGCUUCAAACAUUAUUCCCAAAAGAAAUGAAAAGACAAAUUGGUGAAACGAUCGUCUCCUCACUCAGAUAGUGUUAGUUUUCCUUUUUUUUUUCCGAACUCUGCUGGGCCGAGGAAUCUAGAACAUUUAGUUUUGGUCACGUCUACUACUAAUCACAGACGCAGUUACACUAACAUUUCUCGGUGACUCAGGAAAGAAAUAACAACAAUGAACCACGCUUGAAACAGUAUAAAACAAACAACAAACAUCUGGGUUUUGUUUUUUGUGUCUCCACCUCUUUAUCCAUUGUGGUAUUUUUUUAUAUAUAUAAAUAUAUAUAUAUCAAAUGUAUGUUUUUGAUGUACGAGGUAUUCAGUCCUGUUAGAUUUGUAUUGCCUUGUUCAAUGUUCUCAUUAUUCUAGUCUUAUAUAAGCAACCACGCCCUCUCUUCCUUAUAGUUUGUUCUUUUCUGGGUUGUUUCUGUGCUCUAAUGGAUUCCAGCUGUGGCUCAGCAGCAGCAGCAGCAGCAGCAGCAGCAGCAGCAGCCACUUCCAUCCCUUUGGCUCCACGAAUCGGCUGCUAGCAGGUUGUUUGGUUUUAUGUGUAUUUGUAUUUGUUUCUUGUACAAGGUGAACAUAUAUUACACAGUGCAGCUGGAAACAAUGAAUAAAACGUGCUGUUCUGAUUAUCGCUGGUCUCCUCGGACCCUUUCCUGUCCCUGGACACGGCUGCCCAAGUACAGUAGCAGAAACGUUCCGGUUCCAUCUGCCACUGAACUUUAAACGUGUAUAAUGUGAAUGUUUCUACUACAAUUAUUAUACUUCAAGUCCAAUCACCACAGUGUGAAAGCGUUAACUUGACUGUCAAGUUCAUGCUGCUGGGUGAAACUAGUCCAGCUACUAAGUUAGAACUUUAUAAAAUCCCUUUGGGAAAUCAAGGCUCCAGCAGCAGAACAGCACCAUUAUAUGUUACUAAAUAUGAUUCCUUUUUGUUAAUUGUAAACCCGCGUGCAUCCACCCCCCCACUCAAGCCAUAAACAAUAGAAAUGAGAGGAAACGUCACUUGAACAUUCAAAAAAGGUUUUCUUUUUUUUUCUUUUUUUUCUUAUUUUACCUUUUCUUUGAGUUACACUCCAUACUGUGAAGUCAGGCCUAAAUCCACAAACCGUCAGUCACGACUGCAACUAUUGCAUAAAUAUAAAGCAACAUACAGGUGAUGCUCAAAAUUCGAAUAGAACACGAAAGAGGUUACAGUUACGCAAUGAACAACAGAAAGGAACUGCAAACGUUCACAGCAAAAAACAGAAGGUUCAACAAGUCUUGCUUUUUAACUUUUUCUUUUUUUUUCUGUCAGCUUUGGUUUUAUAUGUUGCAGUCUUUCUCGACCAUGAACAUGAAGGAGGAAUUAGGUGACGUGUACCAUGAGGAGGGAAACAAACAGACGAAAACAACUGGAAAGACUGCAGGUUUAUGUAGACGUGGAACGUAUCUCACUGUUACACCCCCCACCUCCCCUCCCCUCCCCCAGCCCGUCGUCGAAAAACUCGACAAAAAAAAGAGCACCAAGUUUUAGGCUUCCAAAUGAGGUACUAAAUCGCACACACGACGACAGGUUGGAUCUUUUCACACAGCAACGGUGUUUCUGUGAACACGACUUCAUCACAAUUGAAAAAAAAAAAAA